AUGGAAAACAGCAACCUUAUGUUCGACGAAGGACGGUCUGGCCUGCAGCCUGGCGAUCUGGUGUUUGAAGAGGAGCAGCCACACUUACAAGGCGAGCUCCAACGGCGAAAGACUUUACCCAGCUUCGUGAAAAAGUUGUGGUUCAUCAUCAACGACACUACCACAGACCACUUGGCAUGCUGGACCCAUAAUGGCCAAGGGCUGUAUGUGCCGGAUGCAGCAGCGUUUGCCAAAACGGUACUGCCUCAAUACUUCAAGCACAACAACUGGCAAAGCUUUGUCAGGCAACUCAACUUAUAUGGCUUUCGUAAGGUUUGCGAUUCCGAAGCUCCAGCAAACUCAAACAACAGUCAAUGCCAUGAACAACAACAGCAACAGCAACAGCAUCAUCACCAUCAACAUCAGCGCUUAGCACAGGAGGGCUGGCAGUUCCGGCACGACUGCUUCCGUCGAGAUGCAAGCCAUAUGUUACACCAUAUCGUGCGAAAACGUGGCCACUGCCGUCAACCACUGUCUGAUCCUUCCAUGUCAUCCGUAUCUGCGCCGUCAACAUCCACCAUGACUAAUCCGUUUUCAGCAGCAGCAGCAGCAGCAGCAGGCAACGACGUCAACGACGAAGUACCUGCACGGCUGGCUAAGAUCGAACAAACCAUGCAGCAAAUGGAAGCAAAGAGCGCCACAGCGCAGGAUUGCAUAUUGCAACUACGGUUAGCGCAGACGCAUCAAAACGAGACACUUUGCGCCUUGUUAGCUCUUGCCAAAGGUACUUUGGGAAAAGCAAAAGUUAGCCAAGAACACAUGGAAAAGAACGAUCACAACUCUGUCACCACAUCUCAAAGACAAAGUGCCCUCACUAUACGACUAUACCGACCAUGA